CACUGAAAUCCAAAACGCCCCUGAAAAGCAAAGCUGACCUACAAUGGGGCCAACUUAUUAUCCCCAUCGUCGCUAUCUGCAGCUGUUGCCACUGGUACCUGUAGAUUUCCAUUACACGCAGGGAGAGAACCAUGCUGGGGGAGGCCGGGGAUACGGGUGUUUUGGCAAGCUCCGGCCAGGAAGUGGCGGUGGCCGGAGCUCGUGAAGGCGAUGAGGCGGGUGUUAUUGGGUCGAAUUCUGCUGAAGAAGAGAAGGGCAAUAACUGUGGUGGAAACAGGUGGCCUCGCCAAGAAACGUUGGCACUCCUGAAGAUACGGUCUGAUAUGGAUGCCGUGUUUCGUGACUCAAGUCUUAAAGGUCCAUUAUGGGAACAUGUUUCAAGGAAACUAGGAGAGCUUGGUUAUAGUCGAAGUGCCAAGAAAUGCAAGGAGAAAUUUGAGAAUGUUUACAAGUACCACAAAAGAACCAAAGAAGGUCGAACCGGGAAGGCAGAGGGAAAAACCUAUCGGUUUUUCGACCAAUUACAAGCCCUCGACAACCAACCUAAACCUCAGAUAACUGUUCCAUUGACAACAUCAAACCCUACAAUCAUGUUCCAGAAUGUUGUCAGUACUCCAAUUACGUCAAGCCCUAUAAUUCCUCCAAUACCAGCAAAGAACCCUGCAAUUCCUUCAGCCCAAACAAACAACCCAAGAAAUAUUCUUUGGCGAAGCGCCACGUCUGCUAGUCUUUUCUCCAGUACCUCGACCUCCUCUUCGACGGCGUCCGAUCGAGAAAUCAAAGAGCCCUGUAAGAGAUCAUCAAAGAGGAAAUGGAAGGAAUUUUUCCAGAGGCUCGCCAGGGAGGUGAUAGAGAAGCAAGAGAAGCUACAGGAGAAAUUCUUGGAAACUAUAGAGAAGCAUGAAAACGAACGAACGGUUAAAGAGGACGCUUGGAGGAUGCAAGAAAUGGCAAGAAUAAAUAGAGAGCAUGAAAUCUUAGUCCAAGAACGUUCCACGGCGGCGGCGAAGGACGCUGCUGUACUAUCACUCUUGCAGAAGAUAUCCGGACAAACACACGUGCAUGACAACAACAACAACAACAACAUAACAACGCUGUCAAUAUUGCCAAAUUCUCGACCGCCUCCGCCGCCGCCACCUAUGUCGCCGGCGAGCUCUUCUAGAUGGCCAAAAGCUGAAGUUCAAGCACUAAUAAACCUUCGGACAGUUCUUGCGCUGAAGUAUCAGGAAAGUGGGCCAAAAGGGCCUCUUUGGGAGGAGAUAUCGGCCGGCAUGCGCAGGCAUGGAUACAGUAGGAGUUCCAAGAGAUGCAAGGAGAAAUGGGAGAACAUUAACAAGUACUUCAAGAAGGUGAAGAAUAGCAACACUAAACGGCCGGAGGAUUCGAAGACUUGUCCGUACUUCCACCAGCUGGAUUCCCUAUACAAAGAGAAGAACAAGAUUGGUAGUGUGAAGCCCAAUAACCUAAUAAUGGAGCCGUUGAUGGUCCAGCCAGAGCAGCAGUGGCCCCUACAGGAGAUCACUGUGAUGGAAGAUAUUAUUCAUCACAAGGAAAAUGUGGAACAAAAUGGUCAAGAAGACGAUAACGAUGCAGAUAGUACUGAGGAAGAAGAUGAUGGCGGAGGUUAUGAGAUGGUGCUAAACAAACCUUCUUCAAUGGAAAAUAUUGCUAAAUGAGACAGGAUAGGGAAGCUUCUUAAUUAUUGGACUGUCAUUUUUAACAAGAAAAAAAAAAAGGCAUCUGAAUGAUCAAUUAUUCCCGGAGUUCAAUUUUCAAUGAUUGCCCAAAAAGAAAAUAUUGGGUUGAUGUCCUAUGACCCAUUUUCAGAUUUGGGUCUGAUUGGGAGAUUGCAGCAGGAGUACUUUGAAUUUGCACAAUACACAUGGGGUGUAGCAGUCUAGCUAGUGGAUUUUUAUAUAUUUUUAUUAUUAUUUUCCAAAUUAAAUAAAUCAUUAUUCUGUAA